AUGGGUGCACCGGCGUCGUCCGUCGCCGUGGUCGCCACGGUGGUGGUCUGCCUGUGCGGCGCCUUCGCGCGCGCGCAGGCGCAGGACAUGGACAACGAGUGGGCGCGGCCCCCGUACCGCGGGUUCUUUGGCGCCCCCGGGUCGCUGCUGCCGCAGUCGGACGUCGACCUGCUGGAGUUCCCGCUGAACCUGGAGUACCUGGAGACGGAGUUCUUCUGCUGGUCCGCUCUGGGCUACGGCCUCGACGCCAUCGACGCCAACCUCACCGGCGGCGGGCCGCCCUCCAUCGGCGGCCAGUCCGCCUCCCUCACCCCAUUCAUCCGCGACGUCGCCAGCCAGUUCUGCUACCAAGAAGUCGGACACCUCAGGGCGAUCAAGCAGACGGUGAGGGGCUUCCCGCGGCCGUUGCUGGACAUCAGCGCGGCCAACUUCGGCAAGAUCAUCGAGCAGGCGCUGAACGCGACGCUGGACCCGCCCUUCAACCCCUACGAGAACAGCGUCAACUUCCUCAUCGCCUCCUACAUCAUCCCCUACGUCGGCCUCACCGGCUACGUCGGCGCCAACCCCAGGCUCCUCACCCCUCAGGCCAGAAAGCUGCUGGCGGGGCUGCUGGCGGUGGAGUCGGCGCAGGACGCGGUGAUCCGGACGCUGCUGUACGAGCACGGGACGGCGCGUGUGGCGAGCUACGCCGUCGGGGUGGCGGAGAUCACGGCGCACAUCUCGGACCUCCGGAACUCGCUGGGGAGGAGGGGCGUCAAGGACGAGGGCCUGGUAGUGGCGCCCGAGCUGGGGCCCGAGGGGCUCACCGUGGGGAACGUCAUCGCCGGCGACCACCUCUCGCUCGCCUACGACCGCACGCCCGAGGAGAUCCUCGGCAUCGUGUACGGCACCGGUAACCCCGCCCAGCACGGCGGGUUCUUUCCCCAGGGCGCCGACGGCCGCAUCGCCAGGGGGCUACUCGCGUAG